GCCAGCCAUCGUGCAUCACGCAUCAAACACCCAAUCAAGCUAAACUGCUGAACUUUCGGCAAACGACCGAAACUCAGCGCCUGCUGCUCUUUUUUGCAAACCAACCACAAAAUCAACCUUGCCCGUGAGGCCUGCUGUAGCAAGCAAAGCACACACCAUGGACCGCAUGUCGCCGCCCGCAAGCCCAGACAUGGCUCCUCGAGAGAUGCCCGAGGCGGGGUCAGCAACUGCUUCUUCUCGCCCUGCUGAAACAGAAGAAUCAGGUCGUCGUCGCGAGAGCAGCAGCAGCCUUGCGCUCUUCCUCAGCCCCUUGUUUGAACUGUACCAGGGCACACUCACCACCAAGAGCGUCUACCCUGCCAUGCGGGCCUUUCUGCUGUCGGACGGAUACGCCGCGGCCUGGGGCAAGCUGGUGGCCGCAGUGCUGGUGAACCAUGUGCGGCGGAUUGCAGUGCCCUGGCUGGGGCAGCAGCCGCUGUUUAGCAGCUCGCUGGAGCUCAUGAAGAUGGCCAAGUCGUCGCCGUACUUUGUGCUCGAGGAGAUGCUGCGCGUGCCGAUUGGUAGAGUGGGCGUGUGGGCGGUGACCAUGAUGGCGUACGCGUCGAUCCGGCAGGGCUUGAUGUCGUUUUUCUUGAGUUAUGAGAUUAUGGUGGUGCGGAGGGACGCGAUGAAGCGGAUACUUAAAGAGAAGAUGGUUAGUGAUGUGCUCAUGGUGGUGCUGCUGAGUAUGGCGGUAAUGCAUGCUGAGUAUGUGUAUGGCGAGGCGGCGUGGGCGGCUGCGCUGCUGGUGUCGGUGGUCAAGGUUGCUGUGUACGGCGCGCCAGAGAGCCUGAGGAUGCUGUGGAAUCUGGUGACGGAGAGCGUGGGAUCUAUGAGUCGUCUUUUGUUGGUUUCUGUUCUGUUCCAGAACAAUGUGAGCAGGGGUUUGAGUCUGUUGGCGCCGCGUGGUGGCAGGCUGCCGCUGGCAGUAUACUUGUUCGGCGCGGGUGUUGGCUACGUGACGUACAACGUGGUCCGGUACUCCAACUACUACUUUAUCGCGCUGGAGAUGCGCGAGAUGCUCUUGACGUGGUUGUGGUUGGCAGUGGCGACGGCGACAGCUGUGUACUGGAAGUAUAUGGGCACUACGCCGGAGCUUGACGAGGCUAUAAGCAAGCUGGAAUGAUGGGGACACAUACAACGCUGGACUCUUUGACUCUA